UUAUAUUAUAUGUAUAUUGAUGAAAAAAAUAUAUUAUAUAAGUAGCAGGUCGAUACAUUCCAUCAUCAGAAUCUGCCUUCUAAUAUGAGAAAACCCUUCAUUCAAUCUCAUCAAGAAUUGAAUGACACGCUGUUUAUCUCGAUAUUUAGAGAAUUCUUGAAUGGCUGUUCUUAGUACUCCACAAGAACAAGUGGGAAUCUGAUUGUAAUUCGCCAAAUCAUCCCAUAAAGACUUAAAUUUUGUAUAGUAAUCUCUUACUGACAUAUUUUCUUGAACUAACAUUGAUAAAUCCUUUUGAAGUGGAAAAAUUCUUGGCUCAUUUCCUUGUGUGAACCUAUUCUUGAGAUCUUGCCACAUAUCCUUGAUAGUGUGGGGCCAAAUGAUGCUGGCCUCAAUUUCUCUUGACACUGAGUCGAUAAUCCAUUGCAUCUUUCCCACAAAGCAUUUGAAGCAUCUGUUGAAGCAGGACGAACAAUUGUUUCAUUCACAAAACCAAUCUUAUUCUUUGCCUUCAAAGCCAUCAUCAUGGAUCUAUUCCAUGUAUGAUAAUUUUUCCCAGGACAUUUGAAACUAACAUUGUACCUGGUGAAUCACCACUUUGUAAGUGGUAUAGAUUGUUUUCUUCAUUUGUAUUAUUCAUUGAAAUAGAGGAAGUAGACAUGGCAGUGAUCCUAGGCAGCUUUCUUUUCUUUCUUGCUCUGAUUCCAUGAAACAAAGUGUGGUAGAUAAAACUCGAACAAGAGAAAGAAAAAUUUUUCUAUUAUUUUCCUCUACUGCAUUACAUACUGAAGCCUCUGCAUAUAUAUAUAGCCAGAGGAAGAAGAUGAAAAAGGAAAGAAAACAGAAGUAAAGAGAAGAAACAGAAAACCAGAAAGACCAGAAAAAGAGCAACAAACAAAACUAAACUAACUGCUGCAUUGUGCUGUAAUAAGAGGAACAACAGGCAGUGCAUUGCAGAAUCCAUGUUUAGAAGACCGCAAUUAUAGAAAAGCAUAGUCAUAAUGGCCCUCCAAGCCUGCUUAUAGUGAGCCAAUAACAAAUCUGGGAUUAAAUUUUUACCCUCAUGAAAAAUUAAAGAAGUUUCAUACAAAUUUCAUGACAAAUUCCCAAUUGUGAUAAGAGGAUUACCAAAAUUUUCUACCAAACAGCUUUAAAAAAAAAAAAAAAAGGAAUGGAGAAUUCCUAUGAUACUCAACAAGACAUUUUGAACACCAGUCGUUCUGUUACAAAAAUUUUACCACCACAAACUAGGGCAAAAAUAAGUGCAGUAGCUCAAAAACACUAAAAGGACAAAAUCAUAUGCGCGGAAGACCCACAAUAAAACUCACUGCAGCACCUCAACAGUUAAAGAGUUUAGAUGCAUACACCCAAAAUGUGGUCUUAUGCAGAGUAAACAUCUGAAACAUCUAGCCCUUCUUUAUAAACUUCGAAAUCCCCAGGGCUCCACUUGCAUAUUGAGUGAAGUUGGAAGGUAGCCACUUUGAAUCCCAGAAGACGUUGCAGAUGAUUAAGGUUAGAACUACAAACAAAUAUCUGAACUAACCCGAAAAGACGUGAGGAAGGAGAUCGCACCGUGCUUCCCGGCCAUGGUGGUCGGCGGCGGGAUGGUGCCGCUGCAUCAAAUCGGUGAUGGUGGUUGGCGGCGGGACGGAUGACAUCCAAUUUUUUCAUCCUCUUCUCGGCCGUGAUGGCUGGCGGCGGGGCAUCGCAGCGGAUGUUCUGGACUGAGGCGAAGAACAGAGGAAGAGGGGAGACGCGUGAGAGCAGCAAAGAACCAGAAGGUGCGGGAAGUUUCCUUUUCUAAACAUUUUGUUUUAAUUUUUUUUCACACAAACAUCCAACAACGUUAACGCCGUUUUGAGGAGACGUGGACUUCACAUGCAACGUGUCAAAAAUUGAAAGGCCAGCGCAGCUAUACGUGGAGGGGCCGGUUCCUCUUAUAAUUCCCCUUUCCCUUUCCUUCCCGGUCAAACCUAAUGCCGGAGAAGAGUAAAGAUCCCACCUAUAUACGGAAAAUAUCAUGGCACUAUUCCCAAACCAAAAAUAACAGCACGUCACGGUCGUCACCCCAAGACGCCUCAGAGAAAAAAAAAUCUCUGAAGAGUCAAAGCGUGUGACCAUCAAAUCUGGGGCGGAAGCUGCCAUGCAAUUUCCUACCAAACACAAAAGUUUGCAAUGCCUUUCCAUGCAUCUUCACUGCAACUCCCUCACUCCCUCUCCUUUAUUCCAAAGCCUUCCCCAUACCCACCGAUCCCUCUGUAUAUAUACAUCAGACUGCAAUUAUUCAACAUCUCCUUCACUCUGUAUAAACCACGUUACGUGCUUUUCACUCCUACGACAAUUUUCUAAAUCCAACAAUGGCACCUGGCAUCGUUCGCAAACCCUACAAGUGGCUCUCCGACAAGAGCACUAAAUCCAUCCACCGCCUGCGAUCAUCAGGCUCUUCCUCGUCCUCGAGCUCUCCCUCCUCCCCGGCAUCGCCCGUCCUUACACCGAAGCGCGGGUCAUCAUCGUCGAAAGAGGAGGAGCUGAAGGACGUUUUUCGUCAUUUCGACAGAGACGGCGACGGGAAGAUAUCGGCGCUAGAGCUCAGAACCUACUUCGGGUCGAUAGGGGAGUACAUGUCGCACGAAGAGGCUCAAAACGUGAUCGACGAUUUGGAUGCCGACGGGGACGGGCUGCUGGACUUCGAAGAUUUCGCGAGACUGAUGAGGAGGGAAGGAGGAGGAGAGGAGGAGGAGGAUGAUGACUUGAGGAAGGCGUUCGAGAUGUUCGUGGCGAAGGGGUCGGUGUGCAUAACCCCCAAGGGCCUGCAGAGGAUGCUGCACCGGCUGGGGGACGACAAGUCCUACGACGAGUGCGCGGCAAUGAUUCGAGCCUUUGAUGUUAAUGGAGAUGGCGAGCUUGAUUUCCCUGAGUUUCACCUAAUGAUGGCUUAGAUUUAUUGAUAUAUUCAGAUAUAUAUACACACAUGCAUGUUUUUUUAAAAAAAAACAUGUAAAAUAUGCA